AAUUGCUUAGGAGCAAUCUUGGAUCCACAAUUGAUAUAAAGACACAAAUAGAUGGUCCUGUAAGGAGGUUCCACAUGAUGUACAUCUGUUUUGCAGCAUGCAAGGAGGGCUGGAUGAGGGGUUGCAUGCCUAUUAUUUGUUUGGAUGGUUGUCAUGUCAAAGGGCAGCAUCCUGGACAGCUUCUAACUGCAGUUGGUAUAGAUGCAAAUAAUAGGAUGUUCCCAGUUGCAUAUGCCUUGUGUGAGGUUGAGAACCAAGAGACAUGGACCUGGUUCCUUGACUAUCUAAAUGUGAUCUAAGAAUGGAAAGGGAUAGUAGCUAUGUGUUUAUGACAGAUAAACAGAAGGGGCUGGGAAAUGCAAUUGUUAUGCUAAGCAUAGGCACUGUGUUAGGCAUCUCUACAAUAAUUUCAAGUCAAAACAUCCAGGAGAAGGCCUCAAGCAGUUGGUUUGGAAUGCAGCUCGUUCUAGUACUCAAGUUUGGUAUAACAAACACAUGGAUGCCUUGAGGGAGCUAGAUGAGGAUGCCUGGCUGUGGUUUCAAGACAAGAGUCCAGCACAAUGGUCAAGGGCCUUUUUCAGAGAUGAAUCUAAGUGUGACAUUUUGCUGAACAAUAUGUGUGAGUCUUUUAAUUCAGCUAUUCUACCUGCUAGGGAUAAGCCUAUAUUGACUAUGUUGGAGAAGAUUAGGAUGGACAUGAUGGUUAAGAAUGCAAAUAGAAGGGUGGUAUGUGAGAAGUGGAAGGACUUCGUUGGUCCUAGGAUAAAGAAGAUAAUUGAUAAGAUAGGGCAGAGAGCUACACAAUAUCGAGCACAUAGAAGUGGGGAGUUUAUUUUUCAAAUAAUUGGAACUGGUGAGGGAGGCAGCAAGCAUGCUGUGGAUUUGGGACUCCACACUUGCACAUGUAAGAGGUGGCAGCUUAGUGGGAUCCCUUGUGUGCAUGCAAUUUGUGCAAUCAGAUUCAAGAAACAAGAAGCAGCCUUGUAUUGUGAUGAUUUCCUCAUGCCUAGCUCAUAUAUGGAGGCCUAUAACCCCAUCAUCUAUCCCAUUGCAAGGGAGGAUAAUUGGGAACUUGUUGACUAUUCCAUUGCACCUCCACCUUACAAGCAGCAAGCUGGAAGACCUAAGAUGAAAAGGCAUAAAAAACCAGGAGAGAAAGAAAAUCACCCACCACCACCUACUCCUAAAGAAGGGAAACUCUCUAAAGCUGGGAUUAAGAUGUUCUGCAAAAUAUGUGGCCAGCAAGGACACAACAAAUUGGGUUGUCCUAUAACAAAGGCCAAAAAAGCAGCAGCAGGAGAAGGAACAUCAAGUGGAGCAGCUCCAAACAAGAGGCAGAGAAAUGAGGUCAACAGAGCAGCUGCACCAAAGGGGUCUACUAACGUCAAGGACCAAGUUAUCAGGUCUAGGAAAACAUGGAAGAAAAUCAAGCAAACUGUGGAGAGUACUUCGGGUCCCAAUGUUGGUGCCUCAACAUCACAAUCAAAUCAGCAGCCUCCCACUCAAAGUAGCCAGAAUCCGGCAGCUGGGAGUGCUCAAUGGAAAGAAUCAGAGCCUAUGCAACCAAGCCAAGCUUCAUCUGAAUAUGCAGCAUUUUAAUCCAAUUUGAACUAUUUGGUUUUUGUUAUUGCUUAAUGCUUACAUUUUGCUAAACUAUCAGUCAACAUUAAGCACUUGUUGCUUAUGCAUUUUGCUGGACAAAUUAUGUAUGAGUCAUUUGUCAAUGGAUGAUUCAAUUCUUAUGAUCUUUUUCAUAUUAAAGUGAUUGAUUGAAUUAGCUUUUA